GGGGCAACAAAUCCAAGUGUCAGUGCGGAGACAAACACAACAGCAGGUCGCGACGUCCCUGUCAAGUCCAGGACUAACCAGGGUCUGCGAACUGGAGCCGGGAGAAGCGCAGGCUUAAUUUUUUUUAUUUUUAUUUUAUUUUAUUUUUCACCUCCUCCAGGACUCAAUUUUCAAAAAAACUAACUUUGCUUUUAUUUAUUUUUUAAAUUUUUUUAUUUUUUCCCCCUCGCUCCCAUAAAGUCGACAAGUGGCACUUGUUCGCUUGCAGAGAGGUGAAAGGAUUUGCGCGGAGUGAUUAAAAGGCUGCUUCAGUUUUCCUCCUUCGCUCACCUUGACAUGGCUUCAACAACCUGCACCAGGUUCACCGACGAGUACCAGCUGUACGAGGAGCUGGGGAAAGGGGCAUUCUCUGUGGUGAGGCGGUGCAUGAAGAUUUCCACGGGGCAGGAGUAUGCCGCCAAAAUCAUCAACACCAAGAAGCUGUCUGCCAGGGAUCACCAGAAGCUGGAGCGAGAGGCCAGGAUCUGCCGCCUGCUCAAGCAUCCCAACAUUGUGCGUCUCCAUGACAGCAUAUCAGAGGAAGGUUUCCACUAUCUGGUCUUUGACUUAGUCACGGGUGGUGAGCUGUUUGAGGACAUUGUUGCCAGGGAGUACUACAGCGAAGCCGAUGCCAGUCACUGCAUACAGCAGAUUCUAGAAAGUGUAAAUCAUUGCCACAUAAAUGGCAUAGUGCACAGGGACCUAAAGCCUGAGAACCUGCUCUUAGCCAGCAAGCUGAAGGGAGCGGCUGUUAAACUAGCAGAUUUUGGUCUGGCCAUCGAAGUGCAGGGAGACCAGCAGGCAUGGUUCGGCUUCGCUGGAACACCGGGGUACCUGUCUCCAGAGGUGCUGAGGAAAGAGCCCUAUGGCAAGCCUGUGGACAUGUGGGCCUGUGGUGUGAUCCUCUACAUCCUCCUGGUGGGAUAUCCUCCUUUCUGGGACGAGGACCAGCACAGACUCUACCAGCAGAUUAAAGCUGGGGCGUAUGACUUCCCUUCUCCAGAGUGGGACACAGUGACCCCAGAUGCCAAAGACCUGAUCAACAAGAUGCUGACCAUCAACCCAUCCAAGAGAGUCACGGCCACGGACGCACUCAAACACCCCUGGAUCUGCCAACGCUCCACUGUGGCGUCCAUGAUGCACAGGCAGGAGACCGUGGAGUGCCUCAAGAAGUUCAACGCUAGAAGGAAACUCAAGGGUGCUAUCCUGACUACUAUGCUCGCCACUCGCAACUUCUCAGCAGCCAAGAGCCUGCUGAACAAAAAACCAGAUGGUGUCAAAAUCAACAACAAGGCCAAUGUGGUCACCAGCCCCAAAGAGCCUGUCCCCACUCCUUCUCUGGAACCUCAGACCACUGUUAUCCACAACCCAGCUGAUGGAAACAAGGAGUCCAGUGAGAGUGCCAACACUACCAUCGAGGACGAGGACGUGAGAGCCUACCUCCUUAGCAUGAAAGCUCGUAAGCAGGAGAUCAUCAAGGUGACGGAGCAGCUGAUCGAGGCCAUCAACAACGGAGACUUUGAGGCUUACACGAAGAUAUGUGACCCCGGCCUCACGUCCUUUGAGCCCGAGGCAUUGGGAAACUUGGUGGAGGGCACGGACUUUCACCGCUUCUACUUUGACAACGCUCUGUCUAAGGGGAAGCAGCCCAUCCACACCAUCCUGCUCAACCCCCACGUCCACCUGAUCGGGGACGAGGCCGCCUGCAUCGCCUACAUCCGCCUCACGCAGUACAUCGACGGCAAUGGCAUGCCUCGCACCAUGCAGUCGGAGGAGACCCGUAUCUGGCACCGCCGCGACAGCAAAUGGCAGAACAUCCAUUUCCAUCGCUCCGGCUCGCCCACCGUGCCCACCAAUUGAGAUGAAGACCAUCUGUGACAAACACCCUACAGCCUACAGCAGUCAGCUCACCAGACCCCGCCUACCACACGUCCAUCAAAAAAAAAGGAAAAAAAAAAAACUAAGCCAACCCCGCCCUCAUUUGCUAGAGCUCCACCCUCUCAGUGUGUUGUUUACAUAUUGUCGCUGCUGGACUGAAGAUUAUCGUCAACUAUGACAAGGAAAAAAAUUUAUUUUUUUUUUUUUUUUUUUUUUUUAGUGAGAGUGUGGUGUUUAUUUCAGGAAACCUCCAUCCGCAGCAUGUUUUAUUACUCUACUAUUUUUUUUAUUAUUAUUAUUAUUAUUAGAUGGGUAUAUUUUAAAUAGACGUGGCUUUCACCGGAGCCACUGGAUUCAUUUUGAACCGUCAUGUAGUGACACAUUAUCGAGCUAUCGUGACGUUCUCGACUUAUCUCUCUAUCAUCGCUUUUUAACUCGUGUAUCUUUUCAGAAAACUGGCACACGUCGAAGCUUAGACACAGCUUUGUUUUUUUUUUGUUUGUUUUUUUUGGUGACCGUGUAGCUUUUUGGUAAUCGAUGUAAAAACUAUUUGCUUGACCUUUCUAGCAGCAUCCACAAGCCGGGUGGCGUCGGUUUACUAGGAGCUAAACUAACUACGUGUUUAAAAGGGAAGUGUUUUUGUUUGGGCGUGUUUGGACCUGAGGAAACCUCUUAAUGAUGUAGGCAGGUGAUGAUAGAAUGUAAAGCAUUUAAAACAGUGGGAUCAUAUUUUCAUACGAUAAGGAGCCAAUUAUGUGAAUUUUAUCAGUUCUGUUUGUUCUGUUUACGUUUUAUAUAUCGUGAUAUUGAUGCUUGUCCCUCCGCAUCUCAUUAUUUCCUUUGAGAGCCUUUUGUGUUUAGUUUUUUUUUUUUUUUUUUACCGGUGGUUCCUGGCUUUACUUCACUGUGUCUAGCGCCACGUUUAACACUGGACGAGUAGAAUCACAAAGAAUAUUUUCACUCUUACACACGGGACUGAUAGUUAGCAGUAAGUCACAGCUCCAGUUCUCAUUUCACACACUUUUUAUUAUUCUAGUGUCACUGUCAGGUUUAAGGUAAAGAGGGCAGUUGUAGGUUAGUAGAUUAAAAAAGAAAAACAAAAAAAAAAACAAUAAAAUAACAGGUUAGGGUUUUGUAAAACUGCGUGUGGUGGGGGAUAAUUAUAAACUUAAAUAUUGAGAGAGAAGGAUGAGGAUUUCUUCUUCUGUGGUGUAUUAUCUCAUAUCCAUCACGUGACACACUUUCUUCUUAUCUUUGUAAAAAUGCAUCAAACUUCCUGAUGGGGGGACGAAGCCGGUAUUUGAUGUUACCAAGACAAGGGACAAGCCCAAUGUAUGUUUUAAGAAAUCUCAAAUAAAUUGUGUGAUUCAUGCCAAAUGA